GCGGUAUCCCAUGACGAUGGCCGUCAGCUGGUGCCGGGUCUGAGCGCCGCAGCUGCGGGCGAGGGACGGCGGGCAACCGCGCAGCCCCGCUGUCAGCAUACGUCGAGGGGAAGGCGGGCGGAGGCCGGCGGGGCCCGGGAGGCGGCUGGUUCGGUGGGCGGUGCGAGCCGCAGGUCCGGCGGCGGCGGCUGGGCCAUGGGCAGCGGCGCCGGCGGUCCAUUACAGGGAGAGGCCGGUGGAGGCUGUGCGGAUCGGGGCGUGGAGUGAGGGCUGCGACAUGUGGCAGGCUGGCCUGGCCGGGCCUGGAGUGGCCAGCAGGAGUGAGGAGAUCGGGGAGCUGAUCGAGCAUUUCUCCAAGCACCAGUACCGGGCCAAGGAGGCCAACCCCAAGGUAGAGAAGAUUGAGAGUCGCUGCCUAGAAUUGUUCAGGAGGGACUAUGUGUACAGUGUGAUCCAGAACCCAAAUGGAGAGCUUUGUGGACAUUAUCCCCGCCGGAUCAUUUUUAUAGAGUAUGCAAGCACAGAGGGUGGCAAGGACAGAAACCGUUUUGAGAGCACGGUUCAGACGAGUAAAUUGCAGGACUUUGUGAGCCGUAGUAAGAUGGCAAGAUGUCGUGGUCGUUUUGUGUGUCCAGUCAUUAUGUAUCAAGGAAAGCACAUUUGUCGGUCAGCAACACUGGCAGGAUGGGGAGAACUAUACGGACGCAGUGGAUAUAAUUACUUAUUCUCAGGAGGAUCUGAUGAUGCAGGGGCAGAAUCUGAUGAAGUGCCUGAUGACUAUGCAGUACGAAAUGGUGAUUCCCAGUUAUUUGAUAAGGUUCGAGGUCAUGACAUAAAGCUGCUGCGAUAUCUUUCUGUUCGCUACAUUUGUGACUUGAUGGUGGAGAAGAAGAAGGUGAAGUUUGGGUUGAAUGUGACCUCAUCUGAGAAGGUGGACAAAGCAAAGCGAUAUGCAGAUUUCACCUUGUUGUCGAUACCUUACCCAGGUUGUGAAUUUUUUAAGGAUUACAAGGAUCGCGAUUACACAGCUGAAGGGCUGGUGUUCAAUUGGAACCAGGAUUUUGUUGAUGCACCAUUGAAUAUCCCCCCUUCCUUGACUGAGAAUCUGAACAUUGACUGGAGGGAUUAUCAGUCUUGGGACCUUGUUCAACAGACGCAGAAUUACCUGAAGCUGCUCAUUCAUAUAAUAAAUCGGGAUGAAGACAGCGGUUUGUUAGUGCACUGUAUUUCUGGCUGGGAUCGAACGCCACUCUUUAUCUCUCUCCUUCGUCUCUCACUGUGGGCUGAUGGACUUGUACAUGCUUGUCUAGAGCCUGUGGAAAUUCUUUAUCUGACCAUUGCUUACGAUUGGUUCCUUUUUGGACACAUGUUAUCUGACAGGCUCAGCAAAGGGGAGGAGAUUUUUUUCUUUUGCUUCAAUUUUUUGAAGCACAUCACUUCAGAAGAGUUCUCUGUGGCAAAAAAGUUGAGAAGGAAGAACACACACAAAGAAGCUGAGUUUCCUGUGGAUGAUCUCUGCAUAUUAGCACGUACAGACCGAGGAAGUACCACCAGUCUGGGUAGCGAUUUCUCUGUCAUCAUGGAGGAGUCUCCCACCACUGCAGGAAGCUUCAACUAUGAGGCAGUAGAACUGACAGCCGGCCCACCAACGCAGGUGCUUGGUAACUUUUAUGAGUGCAAGCAACAUUUAUUUGAGAUGCAGUACACCAAAGAAGUAGUUUGUCCUCCCUUUUUUGAUUUUUACUCCCAUCUGUCUUGGAAGUCAAAUAAUAUUGCCUUGUGUGCUGCACUUUUAAAUGCCACAUUUCUUCUACUUCAACUUCAAUCAAUAACUUCUAAUACAAGGAGAAGAGGAAGGACAUCAUCGCCACAGACUGUUAUGUGGAAUAAACCACACUUGCCUAACCAGGCAGAAGAUCGGUUCUUGCAACCUGGUGUAUCUGAACCUAGGCCAUCAUUCUGCCAGUCAGAAAAUAACUUCCUGAGGACUGGUAGUAGCCCCUUGGCUGUUCCUGAAAGAAGCUCCACAGAGUAUUCCCUUUCUUCAUCCUCUUCCACGGAAUAUGGCAGCUGGCAGAUCGUGUCUGGCUGUGGCAGUAUUCAUGACCCGGCUAUAGUUACCAAUGACUCACCCCUCCCCUUCAACGUUCAAGAUGAUGGAGCCAAUGGGAGACUACAUCCACUCAUCCCAGAACGAAGGGCCAAACUAGAGGAAGUCAGAGCCAUAUUCUUGUCUGCGUACAGUGCAACUGUGGGUCUCAGAUCCAUAUCUUCCAGCCCAUCAGCCAUUGGUGGACUUCUGGAACAGUUUGCCCGUGGAGUCGGACUGAGGGGCACAAACAGCAUUGUCUGACACAGCCUGUCUCUUUUUUUAAAUCUAUGGAUCACUGUGCAGAUAUUAACUGUGAAAUGCCAAAGAUGGACUUGUGAAUUUGUUGUUCAAACAUUUUUCUCUUUUGAUUUUUAGAUUGUGUUUGCUUGUUAGAAAACUUUUUUCUUCUACUGAACCCUAUUUCUGAAAGCUGGAGAUGAGUAGUCCCCCUCUUCCCUUCUCUCCUGUGCAUCCAUGUGUUGAAGUGAGCAAGUUCAGGACUUGAGAUGGGACUGUUCGUCCUUGAAGUACUGUUGUUCUCUAUAUAUUUAUAUUGAAGAACUUCAGAAAUAGAUUGUUUUGAAUGAAUGUUCGAAGCUGGAACAUCCUACAUUGAGUCAUGACUGUCAGUCAGAGCUAGUGGUGAAUCUGGACAGUGGUAUUCUUCUUAAGCAGCUUUGAAGCUUUUAAAGUUACUUCUCAAGCUAGCCAGGUAAGGAUAAAAUUAGUGUUAUGAUUAUUUAACAACACUUGUUUACCCUAUUAACCUGAAAAAUCUUGCUUCCUCUUAUUCCCAGUGGCUUAAGUUUUAAUAUAGUAAGCCAUUAUGGUGGUCUCAUUAGUGGAAGUUGCAGAAAGACUUGUUUGGUUAGCUUGAUUAACACCUCGGCUAAAGUAAUACAGGCAAGCUAUCUGGUGUGUCCAUCCACCACAACUAUUCCUGUGAUUUUUGGAAAAUUGUCUGUAGUGGUGACUCAGAUUUGGUAAGAUUUCACCCACCUUGCCCAUCCAAGGAAUGAAUUGGUUUGAAAAUGUCCUGACAACAUAAGAAUGCAGUAGUAGAAUAGUAGGUUUUCAUUAGCAGAUUUAAUUCAGCACUGCUCUAAGAUUAUUUCUAUUUUUAAUAUGGCAUAUUAACCUGCUUAAAAACUUGAAUAUUUUUGUAAUACUUUUAAAAAUUCUAGUUGACUCUGCUUUAAGUACAUAUUGAACCCUAUUAAUAUGAUCCAUAACCUCUUGAAGAAUAGAGCUAAUCCCUGGAUUCUGUUGUAUAGUUUAGACUUUACAGGACCUUUUUAGAGUUGCCUUAAAAUAAAAAAUAAGGAUCUGCCACCGAGGAUUGAAUGAGGGGAGAAGCUGUAUGUUGCAGCUUUUGAAUUAGUAAAAAGGAACCAUUUUAAAAUUUCUGCCAGAAGUCUUCAUGGGAGAAAGCUUAAAAAAAACAACUGACGUCCUUGUAUAGCAGUCAAAUAUUGGACUGUGAAAUUGACAUUGAACUCUUGCAUGCAAGUUAUGUCUAACAUACUUAUUUUUUUAAAUCAUAAUUUCACAGGUAGUCAAAAUUGCAGUUUUGGAAUUGGAUACAACAAAGGAUUUAAAAUGUUUGAUCCUAAGAAAGUCCAUUAAAUAGUUGUUAUCAGGAAACCAUUUUCCUCUUGCUCCAACUCCAAAAUUGAAAAAAUCAACACAUACCGCAUCGUAUCCAUCCAUAAUUGUUGAUUCCAGGUGUGUCUUCUGUCUCCAGGCUGCUCCAAGAAAAAUAUUAUCAUUAAAAUAUGUAUUGUAACACCAACCCACCACUGCAUGAUCUUUCUUAAAAUAUCACAUCAGGGAUCCAGAUCUUGCCGCCUCCACCUUUUGUCCUUGGAUGUCAAGGAUGAGCAAGGUCUGUCUGGACAAGCAACAUUCAACUUUCAGUUGUCCAAGUCUUUUGAGCAUCUGGCUGUGUUUUGAAUCCCCAAUUUUUCAUCUUGCCUUGCCUAACAAAUAUCUUCAAAUAUUUAUUUUUUUCUGAAUUAGUUACAUAAUUGUUUUAAAUGUCCUUUCCACUAAUUUCAUGUCCCUCCAGUUCUACCUGAUUUGAUAUUCAUUCACAUGAUGCCAUAUUUACUUUUUCUGACAUUUAAUGUACAAAUGGCACUCGAUAUCCCUCCCAACUCCCUUUACCACUACUGGAGUAGCUUUUUAAGCUAUGAUAGGUUUCCAUUUUUUGUACAAAAUGCAUUAACACUGGUAACGAAUUAAAAAUCAGAAUGUUUUGAAUAUAAAUUUUUCAGUUCUGGCCAAAUCUAACUUUUUCUGCUGACAGACCUGUUGUGCACUUUGAAUAUUUUGUUAUUUCAGAUUUCCAGUAUUUGCAUUUAAAAAAAAUCUGCAGUUCAUUUAUAUAUUUCCCACUCCUACCUGUCCUUACUAAACAUAAAUUUAAAGUGGUGCUUAGUCUGUAAAGCAAACAGUAUUGUUAUUUUUUUUGAAAGUAAUAGAACAGUUUUUUUUAAAGAAAUCAUGGUUACUUAACAGUAGAUUAAACUGACCUGUUUAAUAAUUUAGAUAAUGAGAAUUAGGAUUAAUCUGCAGGUUAGUAUGUGCUUUGCAGAUUUGGAUUGUUGUGUUAUGAAUAUAUAUAUAUAUAUAUAUAUAUAUGGACAGUGAUUACCUAACAAAAUGUCCUCAUGACACGUGAAUUAAAAAUCUUUAAAGUUUUCAUAUUUUUAUAUAACACGUUGCUUUAAAGGAUGUGCUUUGAUGGAUGUAGAUUGUAACCCUCUGACUUUUGGUUAUUUAGAUUUGUUGCAGAUUAGCAUUUCAACACAAUCUAACACCACAUCUACCAACACCUUAAUGCUCACUUCAUAACUUUAUUUUCACAAAUUUUGAUUGUUAUUCUACACUGGCCUUGUAUCUGAGUGCUGUGGAGCCAAAUUUCUUGUGAGCAACAGUUUAUUACAUCAUUAUUUUCUUAUGGCAUACUUAAAGAUGAAACCCAGAAAGGUGCUCUGUGACUUCCUGAUCAGUUUGUUUCUGAGGAAUAUACUAGCAUAUUAAAAUCUUUUUCUAUCAAGACAACUUGCAAUGAAAACUUACUGAAAUUUUUGUGGAUAACUACAGGACUGUAGAGAACACUGGGUUUUCCCCCUCUACUUGUGCUCCUCAUUACUACCACCAGUGCCAGCUUUGAAAGAUGCCUUAAGGUAUAAGAGCUAUUCAUUAAACAAAAACCUUCCCACUCAAUUUUACCAUUUACAUUUGCUGAGUCAUUUGUAUUUUUUUUGUUGAAUUCCUCUUUACCCUAUUUGGACAUCCAUGUUUGCUUCAAUAAUUUAAAGAGCAUUUUACCUUUUAUUGACACAGGUUAUGUCUUAAUAAAUGGUACUCUUAUAAAAUCAAGGUUGCUUUGGGUUUAACUGCAAAGUAUUUGGCCAUUUAUUCUUCCAACCCCUUUUUUUUUCUCCUCUUGAGGUCUAAGAACAUUAAUCUGCAAUAGGACAUUUUUUUUAACCAUUCCUGUAAACAGAAAUUUUGCUGUUGGUCAAAAGGCAUCCCUGAAGAAUUUGAUAACCAAGCCACCUUGUACACGUGAUUUUUCUCAUUCUUCCAUGUAGUUCUGGAUGAUAACACUUGGUGAUGUGACAUAGGAUGUGUCAACAAUUUUGCCCAUUGCCGAUGUAAAGAAAAUACUUUUAUCCAUUGUAACAAGUAACAUCUCCAAAGUUUCCAAACAACAAAUACAGCAUUUGUUGCAGUAUUGUUUAAAGAUUCUGGCAGUCCAUUCCUCAAUCAAGAUGUUCUUUUAAAUCCAUCCUGAACAAAGGGAUUCUAGUUAACCCUUUAAAAGUAUACCUUUUCCUUCAAUAGUGCAUAAUAUUGUAAAGAGGAAUUCAACUCUAUUCUGUUUUUUUUAAAAAAAAGGCAUUUUUGAACAAGAAUCUUCUGCUGUAACACUGGAUUGAAAUCCCUAGUUGUACACUGCUAAUCACCUUUAUUAGACUACUACUGAUUCCAACAUAUUUUGUAGAUCAUGUGAAGGUAUAGCAGCCUGACUGUGGAGAGGACCCUGUUUCUCUCCCAUAUUGAGAACACCUGUGCUGUGGCUCCUGAUGCAUUUUUAUUGAUGCAGUGGUGAGGGAUGUGAAGUUAUUGUAGAAGACAAGGUUAUGUUUGUGUAUUUGAAAUAAAAACAGAAAAUGCUGGAAAACUCAGCAGGUCAGGGCAGCAUUUGAGGAAAGAGAAAAGAUCAACAUUUAAGGUCUGUGAUAGACGACCGUUGAAGUGUCCCAGAUCUGAAGUAUUAACUACUUCUCUUUCCACAGAUGCUGCCUGACCUCCUGUGUUCCAGCAUUUUCUGUUUUUUACUUCAGAUUUCCAGCAUCUGUGGCUUAUUGAAAUGCCUUUGUGUAUAUGUUCUCUUCCUUGCCACAUUCAACCUUUUCAAGUCUGGAAGGACAUAAUGACCUGAGUUGCAAUGGCCAAUUAACAAGGUCAGGCAUAUUUUAGAGCACCUUCAAAACUUAGCCAUAUUUGAUUUUGAGUGUUGAUCAAUCAACCUGGAGGCCUGGUCUUUGUUUGGACCUCUAAACUCAAUGAAUUGUAUCGUUCCUAUUUUAUUUUCUUUAGUUUUGGAUGAUCCCAUGUAAAAUUACCAGUAUUCAGUAAGAAGAAAUAAUGGCUUGGCCACCUUUAAUUUGGUUACAUGUAUACUGCUGAGCUAAGGCCUUCGGUUUUCUUGUUUGUUAGAUCAGUCACUUAUCCUUAGAAACUUCAGCAAAAGUAUGUUGUUAAUGUCUUGUGUAUAUUGCAAGAAUGGUUUAUGGAAUAUUCUGUUCUCUGUACCCUUAAAGUGAAGAAAGAUAGGAUUUAAAUUUUCACAGAUUACUGUUCCAUGAAGUACAAAAUCCUGUGAUAUUGUAAAUGACUGUAAUGAUUCAGGACUUUCUGAACUUGAUUCAGGCAGUACUUUCUGCAUGUGUAUAUAGUAUUUCAAUUUAGUUAAAAUAAUAAACUUGAAUUCUUCAUCAGGA